AUGGCUAAUCAUUGGGAGAUGUUUCCAGGUGCAGUGGCUGUGAUUGAUGGAACGCGUCAUGCAAUUCAACGACCACAAACGGAACGUCAGCAAGAUUUUUAUAGCGGCUAUUGCAGAUACCACAAUUUUUCCACGCAAAUAAUCAUGGAUAACAAUUCCAAUAUUGUAUACAUUCAAUCUGGGUUCUUGGGGCAUAACAAUGACAGCGGUCAAUUUCAGCUGAUGCCUGUCAUCGGAACUGGACAAGAACUCCACUUACCACAAGGUCUCUAUAUUUUAGCAGACAAAGGCUAUCCAAGUGUUUAUCCCCUUGUCACACCAUGGAGAAAUGCGGCUGGGAACCUUACAAGGCGGUUGUUCAACAGAGAACACGCGAGAGUUCGGACACGAGUGGAACAUUGCAUCAGACGGGUGAAAGAGUAUGGCGCUGUCAGUCACUUGUGGCGUCAUGAACGUUGGAUGUUCCCAAUUGUAACCGAACUUUGCUCGUUCUUAGCACAAAGGCACAUCCACAUUUCACGCGUGAUUUGA